AGAGAGCUGGAGGCUGGGACUGGGGAGAAGGGCUCCUUCAGUCAGUGCGCCCCCAUCCAAGCCCUUCCAGCAGCCGAAGCAUCAUUUUUGGAGCCCACUCUCCGCUGUAGCAGAGCCACUGGGAGGGCUGGAGGUCACCACCCACCCCUACCGCGCCCAAAGGGAUCCUCUUUAGGUGAGAUGCAGGGGGCAGUUUCGGGGGCUGCUCCCUGGGACCAUCCAGACGGCAGCCUGGGAGGUGCGAGCUCUGCAGCAGAGGUUCUGGAAGAGCUCAGGGGUAGCCAGCCCCAGCUCUGGGGAGGUGGGCAGACGCCCCACGCUCCAGGCCCCUGGGCACUCUGCUGAGCCCUGCAGAGCCCUGUACAGCCAGAGAGUUCGGCCAGCUUAUUUUUCCUCCCAGUGAAGAGCAUGCCCCGAAGAGGCCACCUAGACCCCAGGGAUCAUUUUGGAGCUCUCCCUGUGGCCACAGCCACCUAAAGGACACUGUGUUUCCUUGCUGGGGCCCCAACCGGAGGCAGAGGUCGUCUUGAUGUUCUGGUGCAUACCUGCUAUACCUGUGAGACAGGGAUUGGACGUGCUGGUGGCCAAGCCCCACAGUCAGAACUCAUCCCUGGCCCUGUAAUUGUCCCCUGCUGGGGCUCAGUACCUGCCUCUGGAGAGUGGCAUUGCUGUGUGCUUCUCAGUUCUUGGGACGUGUGGUGGGAUUUUGAGAAACUCCUGCCCUUGUUGGGAUUCUGAUCUGUGGACAGGAUAGAAUCUUCUCCUAGCUGCCAAAACCCCGGAAUUCCUUAGGGACAUCAGAGGCCAGGGCUUGACUCAUUGAAAAAAGCCCCAGCUCCAGAUCAGGAGGUUAAUUUGCUGUGUGUCUUUGGGCAACUCACUAGACCGCUCUGGGUUCUAGCUGCUGCUUCUCUAAAGUGAAGAGGUUUCAUGUAUCCUCGGAGGGUCCCGUUCAGAUACUCCACGGCCCCCAGCAGUGUCCCAGAGGAGGUUUUCAGCACCCAGGAGUUGGUGUGAUUUGGUGUUUAAGAGGCCCAGGAGAGACCGGAUCCAAGUUUGACCAGAGGCUCCCCCUCCCAGCUCCUGCACCCCUGUAAGAUGGCGGGUCCCCGGUUCCUGCUUUGGGAGGGUGCUAGGCUGCUGACUGUGGUCUAGCAACGCAGAGGGCUCAACACUGAUAGCAACCGGCUGUGUGGGCCUCUGGGUGCUGUUUCCCGGGGGAGGCUGACUCUGUCCCACCCAAGCACCAGGGGAUCCUCCGGUGGGGACAGGGCCCUGGCUCUCCAGUCACCUGAUACCUGCAGUCCCCGCCCCCUCUCUGCUGCUUCAUAAAACACCACUGGACCAGCUGCUCCUGGUGGGGAGCCCAGGGCGUCUGGGAGGCCUCUGUGCACCCAGCUGCUGCGUCGCCAUGACAACAGGAAGUGGAGGUGACAGCCGCAGGCCCGCCGGUUUCUGAUCCCAGAGAGCAGACGCUCUGAGCCUGAGCCCCGGUUGGGAGAAGAGGCCAGAAUCAAGGCCCUGGUGCGAUCAUCCAGCUCCACGGGCCUGAGGAGCCAGCAGGGGCCAGGAGCCGCCGGCCCCAAAACCUCUGCUAAAUUGCCAUUUUCAGCGUCGUUCGGGAAUUCUGAGGUGAAGAACAAGAUGUAGGGACAUGGGACCUCCUCCUGAGAGGCCCCUUUCUUGGUCUCAAGAAGCCCACCUUGACCUUGACCUUGACCUUGGGUGGCCUUUCUCUUGGCUUCAACCAGGUGCGGGACCUGUCCUUGGCCUCUGGCCUUGGCAGCCACCUUUGCAGGUGGAGGAAGACUGAGGACCCCCGGGGGUGCCAUCCCUAGGGGAAGCCCGGAACCCCGAGGCCCCUCCGUCACCUCCCAGCCAACUCAGCCCCGGGAGCCAGUCCGGAAUGACCCCACUAUGGCCAAGCUCUGGUUCAAAUUCCAGCGGUACUUCCGCAGGAAGCCCGUGCGCUUCUUCACCUUCCUGGUGCUCUACCUGACCGCCGGGAGCCUGGUCUUCCUGCACUCUGGCUUCGUGGGCCAGCCCGCCGUCUCCCAGAGCCAGGCCAGCCCAGCCGGGGGAGGCCCUGCCCAGGGGAACGAGCUGCCCUUCGUGGGCGACCUGCACCUGGCCCGGGGCUUCCGGGAGGGCGAAGCCUCCAGCAUCGCCCGCAGGCACGGACCCUCGUUCAAGGGCAAGGACGCCAAUGAGAGAGCCAAGCUGGGCGACUACGGGGGUGCCUGGAGCCGAGCCCUCAAGGGGAGAGUCCUCCGGGAAAAGGAGGAGGAGCGAGCCCAUCGGGAACCAAGGGCUUUGCUGAUUUUCACUGAAUUCCGUGGGCGGAACACGUCACCUAGAACGCGUGCUCGGCUGACAGCAUCCCUAGUAGAAUUUUUGUUUCCACUUUUCGGGGAGAAAAAUCCUACUUCCAAGAGCUCGAAUGACAUUCAGAGAUUCCCAUGGUGCUGUCCUCGGGAUUGGAGCCUAGACCUGCCUGACUCCGGGACAGCGAGUCACCUCCUGUCACCAGUCUGUUCACGAGCGUUUGCCAAGUACAUCGGCUGCUACCUCGACGACACCCAGCGGCGGGCCCUGAGAGGCGUGUCCUUUUUCGACUACAAAAAGAUGACCGUCUUCCGUUGCCAGGACAACUGUGCUGAACGGGGUUACCUGUACGCCGGGCUGGAGUUCGGCGCCGAGUGCUACUGCGGCCACAAGAUCCAGGCGGCCAACGUGAGCGCGGCCCAGUGCGACAUGGAGUGCAAGGGCGAGCGGGGCAGCGUGUGCGGCGGCGCCAACCGCCUCUCCGUCUACCGGCUGCAGCUGGCGCAGGAGUCGGCCCGCAGGUAUGGAAGUGCGGUAUUCCGAGGAUGCUUCCACAGACCCGAGAACCUCUCCCUGGCCUUGCCUGUGACAGCCGCCAUGCCGAACAUGUCUGUGGACAAGUGUGUGGAUCUCUGCACAGAGAAGGAGUACCCGCUGGCCGCCCUCGCGGGCACCGCCUGCCACUGCGGCUUCCCCACCACGCGGUUCCCGCUGCACGACCGGGAGGAGGAGCAGCUGUGCGCGCGGAAGUGCAGCGCGGAGGAGCUGGAGAGCUGCGGGACGCCCCGCCACUUCGUCGUCUACCAGACGCAGGUCCAAGACAACCGCUGCAUGGACAGAAGGUUCCUCCCAGCCAAGUCCAAGCAGCUGAUCGCUCUGGCCAGCUUCCCAGGCGCGGGCAACACGUGGGCCCGCCACCUCAUCGAGCUGGCCACCGGCUUCUACACCGGCAGCUACUACUUCGACGGGUCCCUGUACAAUAAAGGCUUCAAGGGCGAGCGGGACCACUGGCGCAGCGGAAGGACCAUCUGCAUCAAGACACACGAGAGCGGCCGCAAGGAGAUCGAGGCCUUCGACGCGGCCAUCCUGCUCAUCCGCAACCCCUAUAAGGCCCUGAUGGCCGAGUUCAACCGCAAGUAUGGAGGUCACAUCGGCUUUGCGGCCCACGCGCACUGGAAGGGCAAAGAGUGGCCGGAGUUCGUGCGCAACUACGCCCCCUGGUGGGCCACCCACACGCUGGACUGGCUCAAGUUCGGCAAGAAGGUGCUGGUGGUGCACUUCGAGGACCUGAAGCAGGACCUGUUCGUACAGCUGGGCCGCAUGGUCCGCCUGCUGGGCGUGGCGGUGCGGGAGGACCGGCUCCUGUGCGUGGAGAGCCAGAAGGACGGCAACUUCAAGCGCUCGGGGCUGCGCAAGCUGGAGUACGACCCGUACACGGCCGACAUGCGGCGCAGCAUCUCCGCCUACAUCAAGACGGUGGACGCGGCGCUGCGGGGGCGCAACCUCACCGGCGUCCCCGACGACUACUACCCCAGAUGAUGCGGCAGGCCGGGGGGCCGGCAGCCCCGGCCGCCCCCGCUCGCCCGUCCUCUCUGGUUUGGGGACAGCCCGUGACCGCGGUUUGCCCUCGGCGACUUUCCUGCAUGGCCGAGGAGGCUCGAGGGAAGACAUGGUCCAGGGCCCCGCGCCCUCGCGCCGCCCCUUCCCUCUUGGAGAUGCGGGCCACCUGGCGGGGGCAGGUCUGGUCACAGGCUCCAGAGUCCCUGCACCCACCACUCCGGGUUCCACCGGUGGGCUCCCCGGUUCACUGUCGUCAUGGAGAUGAGCAGAGUCCCCUCCCCCCGGGGCCAGCUGCUGGAGCGACGACUCCAGGGGCGGGUGUUAGGAGCGCAUCCCGGGCUGCACCUCCACAGCCGCCUCUCUCCCUUCCCUUGGGGAAGCCCUGGCGCUGACAUGGCCCAGGUCACCUCUUGUUUGGGAGGAAGUGCUGGCUGCGCCUCCGAGGCCUUAGGUUCCCGGCGUCCGGGUAGGAGGAGGAGACCUGGUGCCCAGGGCUGAGUGGGCACCGCCAGGCGGGGUCACUGGCGUGGUGAGCGCACCCCAGGCAGGCCACGCGGUAUGGAGAAAAAGCCGGUCGCUCCUCCCCCGCUAGGGCCGAAUCGCACCUCUUCUUCCCGCAACUGUGUCUAGGAGGUGAACUUGGGGUCCCGGAUCGCUUUUCCAGGGCUCCUCCCCCGACAGGAGACCCUCAUGCCGGUGCAACGUGAGACAGCCCAGCGACGCGAGGUGGGGGUCUUAACACCUUGUUCUUACACUGCCCUUGGGACCCCUAGCGGUGGGGUGCUGUGCUACCCGGUGAGAGAGCCAGGGUGCUCCAGACCAGACGCAACCAGGCCCGGAAGAGAAGCCCCUGCCUGCCCAGAGAUCAGCCUCCCCUUGACCACAGCCCAACAGGACCCACUUCCCCUGGGGGCCCUCCAAGGAACCGGGUCACCAAGGGCUCAUCAUCUCCACCACACCGCUGCUCUCUUGACGCUGAGACACCAAACCAAAGGAUUUCUGAGGACCUGAGUCACUGAUCACACAUUUUAAAAAGCACUGAUCCAGGAUCCCCUCCCUUCCCCCACGUGGGAUCCCGCGGCUUUCCAUCCGGUCCACCGGACACUCCCUGAUGUAGAUGCAAAAGCCAUAGGUCACAGCCUCUUUGCUGUUCUGUCUGGGGCGGCCUCCUCGGGCCUCCCUCUGAAGUCUUGGGGUGCAGCACGUACUCAUUCCCAAACAGCAAAGUGGCCCUGGGCAAGGCAAGCAAAAGAGAUAUAUUUUUUUAAGAGGUAUAUGACUAAUACAUUCCAUCCCCCAGACCCUGGCCAUGCAAAGAGACCACACAGGAAUUGAACCUGUUUUCCUUCUCCAAUUCCCUCAUCAUUAGGAUUGGGGCCACCCCGGGGCUCGGCCGGGGGGCUCUGAAUGUAUUUUGUAAGGCGUUCCUUCCCCCAGGCUAAUUUCUAGUCUUCUUUCACGAGCAGCCGUGGGCCUGGCCUCGCUCCGGCUUGGAGGCCAGCUCUCUCUGGGAGACUCGGUCCAAGACCUGGGCCAGUUCUUUGCUGGUGGUCACCUUUGACCCCAAGUUUCUGUCUGAAGAUUCCUCAGGUCAACAUAACCAUUAAAUGAGAGUUUUGUCGA